AUGGCAGCCCCCAGAAUAACCACCAACAACCUGAGUCUGCCUCUCCCGACGCGCCUCAUCAACAUAUCCCGCUUGCGCUCCUACCUCUUCCGACUCCCGCUUUUCACGCGCCUCAUUCUGCUCGCCAUUGUCGCGUUCUGGGUCCUCGAACUCCAGAGUGUGUGGAGCGUGAUUCAGUGGGGUUCCCUGACCCCUAAAGAAAUAGGCUUCGGAAGCAUGUACAGGCUGAACACGUUUGCUCUGAUACACACGGGCUUUUGGCAUAUGUUGUUGGACACGGUAUGCUUGAUACCUUUGCUCGAAAGGUUCGAGGCCGAAUGGGGGACAUUGAACAGCCUGGCGCUUUUCAUGGGCCCGCUGGGCCAAAUACCCGCGGGAAUAUAUUUGUUACUGGACGGCGUUAUCCUUCGAGACAAUACACCAGUCCUUGGUGCUAGUAUAUGGGUGUUCCUUCUGCUGGCGUCUGAGGCGAUCAAAACAUACAAGACCAAUCCUUAUAUCGAGAUUUCCGGUUACAAGAUACCGACCUGGAUUUCGCCUCUGGCCAUUUUGGUGGUCACAUCUGUGUUGAUCCCCAACGCAUCAUUUCUUGGUCAUUUGUCCGGCUGUAUCACAGGAUAUGUCUGGGGUCUAGGGUACAUUCGAUUCCUUGCCCCUCCAGAACGAGUUCUCCGCUGGAUCGAAGGGAAACUCAACCUAUUGGGCAGGUUGCCACAUUACGUCUCGGUGGACCAAAAGACCUACGGCCGAUAUGGUGUACUUCCCUCCAGUUCGACCAGUGGACCUGGUGAGCAUGUGAGUCCUAUCGGCCUAGGCUGGGUGGGAGGUGCCAGCGGACAAAGGCUUGGGCCUUAG